AAUGCAGCUGUCUCAACCUUUUGUUAUAGGUGGUGUUUUGCUGUUUCUUCUACUUGUUGCUCUCACUUAAGACAUACCGCUGUCCUCACUGUACCUCUCCCCCAUGGCUUUGUGUGCGUGCCUGACCACCCAGACAGAACGAGGUGAAACACUCAGAUUUUUAUUUAUUUUUUUUUUGUCUCUGGAAGUGUGGAGCAAACCUGACUGUUCCCUUUUAUCUGUAAUGGGUGUGAGUACCUUGGAGCUGCUCGGUGGAAAGCCCGACGAGCUGACAGUCCUCGAGCACCCAGACCCUCACAGCGAAAGAACAAGGCGAACAACCACCACGGCGUGGGGAGUGAGGGGACAGUCCCGGCCGUCAGCCCGAGCACGCGUGGGCCGUCCCGGCUCUCGCCGGGGCCGGGAGCCGGCAGCGGGCGUCCCCGGGGCCGCGGCAGCAGCAGCCGCCCCCUUCGGCCGCGGCGGACGGAAGAGGAAGUGGCGCCGCUGCGGGAGCCGGCGGCGGCGAAAGGCUCCGUGGCGGGCGCGGGGAGCCCGAGCCCAACCGAGGCUCUUCGCCGAGCGGGUGGCGGCGGCGGCUGAGGAAGAUGAGGGCUGCCGGGGUGCUGUGGGCCGCGCUGUGGGGGCUGCUGCUGCCGCCGGUAACUGCAGAUGAGGGGAUCCUGCAUGCUUCUGGAAGUGGUGUACCUCCAGUAACAAAGGAGUACUGCAUAAUUUACAAUUCUACUUGGAUAUCUCUUCCAAAGAGCCUGGACAAUGCUACUUUCAGGACUCUGGAAAACCUGACUUCUACGGUACUCUGCAGUUCUUCUGAAGUUCCUUCUGGCUUAAUGAAGGACAAAGCAGUUGUAGUAAUGAGAGGAAACUGCACUUUUUUGGAGAAAGCAAGGAUUGCACAAAGUUUGGGUGCUAAAAUGCUGCUGAUUGCCAGUAAACCUAGGCUGUCUGCUCUUUCAGAUAACAAGACUGAUUUUGAAGAUGUGACUCUUCCCAUUGCUCUUAUAAGAUAUAAUGACAUAGUAGAUAUGCAGCAGACACUUGGAAGUGAAGUUAAUGUGACUCUGUAUUCACCACCUUUGCCACAUUUUGAUUACAGUAUGGUUGUCAUCUUCCUAAUUGCUGUGUUUACAGUGGCACUCGGAGGCUACUGGAGCGGAGUAGCAGAACUUGAGAAUUUGAAAGCAAUAGCAAGUCCUGGGGAGAGAGAAACAAGACGGAAGAAGGAAGAAAAUGUUACUUUCACCCCUGUAACAGUGAUCUUGUUUGUUGUCAUCUGUUGUGUCAUGCUGGUCUUACUUUACUUUUUCUACAAAUGGCUAGUGUAUGUUAUAAUAUCAGUCUUCUGCUUGGCAUCUGCAAUGAGUCUAUACAACUGUCUUGGGGCAUUAAUAGGAGAAAUACCAUGUGGGCAGUGCAGGAUCACAUGUUGCAACAAAAGCAUUGAAGUGAGGCUUAUUUUUCUUGCUGUGUUCUGCAUAGCAGCAGCUGUUGUCUGGGCAGUGUUUCGAAAUGAAGAUAGGUGGGCUUGGAUUUUGCAAGAUAUUUUGGGAGUUGCUUUCUGCCUAAACUUUAUUAAAACACUGAAAAUGCCCAAUUUUAAGUCCUGUGUGAUACUUCUAGGCCUUCUCCUUCUAUACGAUGUGUUUUUUGUCUUCAUAACACCAUAUAUCACAAAGAAUGGGGCAAGUAUAAUGGUUGAAGUUGCAGCUGGUCCUUUUGGAAACAGUGAAAAGAAUGAUGGAAACUUGGUGGAAGUCCCUACUGAACGCUCAGCUCCCCAUGAGAAAUUACCUGUGGUUAUUAGAGUGCCUAGACUUGAAUACUCUACAGCGACACUGUGUGACAUGCCAUUUUCAUUGUUGGGUUUUGGAGACAUUAUUGUCCCAGGGCUUCUGGUUGCCUAUUGUCGAAGAUUCGAUGUUCAAACAAGUUCAUCUUCUGUAUACUACAUUUCCUGUACAGUAGCUUACGCCGUUGGUAUGGUGCUGACUUUCAUUGUUUUGGCAUUAAUGAAGAGGGGACAACCUGCCCUUCUCUACCUUGUACCAUGUACACUCAUUACUAGCUCACUUAUUGCUUGGAGACGCAAAGAGAUGAAGAAGUUUUGGAAAGGAAGCAAUUACCAGGUAUCGGACUCCUCCAGGACGCCUUUGCUACAAGAUGAUGGAACACCUGGAUUAUACAGGAAAUGAAGAAAGCACAGCAUCAGUCAGUGAACAGCCUGGAGGACAAUAACAUGAAACUGCAAAUUGAGGGGGAUUAGGCAUAGAAAAUUUGUAUAGCUGUAAAGCUAACACUUUACACCAAAGAAAAUUGGAGAAGGCAACAACAGGAAACCACUGAGUUCACCUAGUGCUAAUGUCAGGUAGUUGUUAAAACAUUUUUCCUAUUCUUUAAAUGAAUGUCAUUCCCAUAGCCAGUACAAGUUCAAGAACUCUGGAGAAAACAACCGAAUAAGCACAUGCUGGGCAAGGGCAAUGCAGGCUUUGCUGCAGUGCCUCACAGAAGUGCCUCAGUGUUUGUCUGAAGGUCACCUCUAGACAUUUCUAUUAGUUUGGGGCAUGUCGGCUCAGGAAAACUCACCCAGAUUACAUCUAGUUUAGCUAGAUUUACUUUGGAAGUAUGCUAAUUAAGACAAUUGUAAAUCUAUAUUGGCAGUUAACAAAGGCUUACUGCAAAUUCGCUGCUUUACGUAAUUUAUAUCAAGUUUAAACUUUUGUUCGCAAGAGUCAGGAGCAGACAGACUUACAGCCUGAGUAUCAGUUGUUGCCAUUCACACAGAUUGACUGUGGUGCCAGGUGAUACGGGUAAGAUAACCACCUUGUUUGCAACUUCCCUAAGAAAACAGAAAUUACAAACAGUCCUCAUGUUGGUAGUUGCCCCUCUUGACUUUCUUGACUUCAGCUUGAACUGACAGCCUCAGAAUACAACCUUAUGCACCAUCUUCAGUUUUUGUUUGACUGGCACUUAAUAAUAAAUUACAGCAUACCUCAGAGUUCCAAUAGCAGACUGAAAACUUGCCUUCUGAUGUGUUGUCAUGUUCUUUCACAAGCCCAGUAUCUGCCAAAGUUAAAUGAUUAUGGAGAAGUUUUUCUGAAAAUUCCUGAAAGAGCUAAAGAAGUCAUAGCUCAUUCAAAGUCAUGCACUACUCAGAACCCCCAGAAGCUUCACAGAUCUAUGUAAUAUGACUCCUUUUUCUCUUUGAAAUUUUCUGCAUGGAGGAUUUAUUAAAUUGUCAAAUGGUAAUGGAGUUAGUGUAAAUAAAGAAGACCUCUGGCAACAUAAUUGUAUUCAGCAGCUGACUGUGAAAACUCUGUCUUGUUCUGUGCCUAAGUGUGCUCCAUGCCUGAUCAUGCCUGAGGUUUCACGCACAUGAGCUGAAGUUUAAUGGGAUGUAAACUAACUUUUUUCUUUCAAAUGCUUAGGUGCUUUGUUUACAAAAAUUAAGAAUGGAGUUUAAAAUUUUAUAUAAAUAAUAGGUUAGUAUUGACUACUGAAAUGAGGUUUUUUAUAAGUUCAAUAGAACUGAUUGCAACACUUUUAGCAAUUUUGAAUGUUUUUAAUAUUAAAUUUGGUUGGGCUAAACACUAUGUUAAAAGCCUUUUUUGUCAUACUUUAAUAUAAAAAUCUUACUACCUUUUCAUUGUAUGUUUACUGACAACAGACCCUUCCUUACGACUCUUAAGUUAUCACUUUAAGAAUGUUAUUAAUAAAUGUUACUUGGAAAAAAAAUAGUUGAGUAAUUGCUGUGUUCUGACUCAUCUUCUCACUGUGAACAUUCAUGGCAAAGCAGUUAACACUUCAUAAUAUCAAGUAAAUUAAAAAAUCAUUAUAUACCUCCA